CAUUGAUCGAUAUUUAAAAACAUUUGUAGUAAAAUAUCGCAAGCUUUUGUCUUCUCAACAUAAAAAAACAUUCGUAUGAUUAAUAAAAAUGAGUGAAAAAGUUAUUUGGACUAUUAAAAACGGAGAAUUCGAUGCUGUGCAAGAUGCCUUCAAAAACGAUAUUCUGAAAGUAAAUGAGGAGAUUAAAGGAAGGUACCCACUUCAUUAUGCUGCCGAUUUUGGCCAGUUAAAGGUUCUCGAGUUCUUGAUUCUUAAAGGAGCGGAUGUUAACAAAAAGGAUAAACAUGGCAUUACACCGCUUCUUGCUGCUAUUUGGGAAGGACAUACAAGCUGCGUCAAGUUUCUCUUGGAUAAGGGAGCAAACAAAAGCGAUACCACUCCAGAUGGAAAAAGUUAUAUUGAAGCCGCAGAGACCGACGAUAUCAAAAAGCUUCUUGCUUGAAUUAUGAAAUAAAUAUGACGCUAAGCAUUUUAAUUUUUGGAAUUGAAAUACAUAUAAGUAUAGAUUC